CUAAGGGGCUGCAUAAUAAAAAGCAACUCUCAAGUAUCUUCAUUCAUUUCACAGAGUAUUUUUAUUGGGAGUUGUUGCUACUUUACUGCUUCCAGCACUGCUAACCAGCUGUCAACCAUAAAUGGAUUUUUUCUUCGAUGACCUCGCGUUGCCCUCCAGCUCUCAGUCCACAUCCGACAUGCAACACGAAGAGCCACAUGGCUUCACAGCAGAGACCCACCUGUCCCCAGAUAUGCCAGAAGAUCCUAAGUCAUGGAGCGGGAAGUCCUCUCUCACGAGCGCGACCGAGGGUCAAGAGCAGCAUACCAGCUCAAGUAUAGCUGAGAUCAGCAGAAGAGUUCAGGAACUGGUUGAAAAGAUGAAUGACAGCCGCACCACCAACCAGCAAGUUUUGGACAGCUUCCAGGAGAAGUUAGUGGAGAAGGUGACAGAGACGUGUCAGAAGAUGAAGGAGCACAUGUACACGAUCUAUGACGAGACCAGUAAAGAGAUGGAGGUGAUGCUGCAGGAGUUAUGCGAGGUGCUGGAGAGCUGCACUAAGCUCAACAGUGAGCUCGAGGAGGCCAGCCAGGCGCUGGAGAGUCUCAGGGGAGCGCUGGCCAUUACGCAGGCAUCAGAACUCUGAUGAACUAGUUGUGAUUUUUGUUUUGAUUUUUAAUUAGUUAAUGUGUUCUUUAGGUCAAUGAGUUGUGUCUUCAGACUAGUUUAUUUUCUCCCAAUGCAGGAGUUAUUUAGAUUUCUCCCAUUUCCUCUUUCUUCUUCCUCUUACUCAAGAACACACGCAUAAUUGUGUCUUUGUGGUUGGGAGAGCAGUUCAGUUCAGUUCAGUUCACAGCUCAUGAUUGUUGUAGUUGUUGAUUGUUAUAGAAUAAAAGAGCAAAAGCUGAAAAUA